CUUUUAUGAUAAGAAUUUAAUAUCAAUCAUAAAAAAACACAUUUACUAUUUAAAAUAAGAAUUAUACAAUCCAGUCUAAUAUUAACCAGUAUUCAGUACAGGUAUUUCUUAAAGUAUUAAUUGAAUAUGCAAAAGGCACUAAUUGCUUUCGCUGUCCUCUAUUUGGCACAGCUAUCUUAUGCUGCAUUUCCCUAUAAAGAUUACGGUGAACCAUUGAAGACUGACUUUAAAACAUGGCACGACAACUGCGAACUUUACAUUCCCGGUGUAACCCAAAAAGAAAUCGAUAGAGUAAAACAAGGAAAAUUCGAUACAGACAACCAAGCUAUUAAGAACUAUUCUGCUUGUAUCUGGUUGGAAUCUAAAGCCAUCAACACUGAUAUGGUUAUCAACAAAGCACUGUUGGAUCUCUAUAUGCCCGAGAAACUUACGGACGACGAAUACCUCGGGUAUUUGUUGUGUGCUAGACAAUUUAAACAAUACAAAACCAUGCCUUUUCCUGAUAAGAUCUUCGGAUUGUACCAAUGUCUUUACAACAGAAACCCUGAAAAAUUCAUCUUCUUCUAAGAGCACAAAUGAAAAAAAUAGGAAUGACACCUCGUGUUCCUCCAAACAUUAGAAAAAAAAACAAUAAUACAUGUAAAAUUUUGUAAUUAUAAGCUUAAAAUCUG